AAGAAAAGAGGGUGGUGUCCAAUGGAGUGCCAGAAGAAACCGCAUUUGAAAAAGGUUUGGUAGCACUUUUUAAAAAAGACCAGACGCCAAAAGCACCCGAUGUUUUAGAACCAGAGUUAAUUGACAUUACGGAACCAGAAAAUUGA